AUUAAAACCCCAAUGGAAAUAGUAUCAACUUUUCCAGCAUAAAUAUUCUCCAUCAAUCAUUCCAGAUUGCACCACUAGAAACAUGAGCAUAAAGAUGAUGAGCAACACACCCUCCUUGAAGAAGACCAAUUGAAUUCCCUUAAAACACAAGUCCUCAAAUUCCAUGGAUCAACCUCAUCAUCAUCAUCAACGAAUUAGUACAGUUGGAGGCAGGAGGUCUCUUCAUCAGGUAGAAUUCCCAACCUCCCUUGUGGUUCCCCAGCUGGGGGAUGAAAUCUUCCAUGUGGCUCACCCGCAACACCCCAUCUCCCAAACUCACCUGCCUGACCUCUUCACCUGCUCCGCCUGCAAGGAGUAUGGCGCCGGCGAGCGCUUCACUUGCAAUGACUGUGACUAUCAGCUCCACGAUUUCUGCGCCUUCGCUCCUCCAGCUCUUAAGAGACAUCCCAUCCACCCCCUUCACAAGAUCAUAUUCUUUCCAAAACCUGUUAAAGGUGGAAUAUUGAAAUCGAGGUGCGAUAUCUGUGCCAAGCCCACCAUGGGAUGCGUUUUCAGAUGCACCGUCUGCAGUUUCCAGAUGCACCCAUGCUGUGCAAUGUUGUCAACCGAAAUCAACAUUUCAGUCCAUCCACACACUCUAAGGCUCUUGCCCAUGCCCGGCCAAUCUUCGAAUGGGGACCCAGCCGGCUUUGUCUGUGACGAGUGCAAUCGGAGGAGAUCAGGGAGAGUGUACCAGUGCACCAUCUGUGAUUAUCAUCUCCAUACAGUUUGUGCUAAGAACAUGGUGAAUGGACUUCAAGCCAAUGGGAUCAAAGGCACGGGUAAGCCGAGCAUGCUGGGGACUGUAGUUAGGCUUGCUUCUCAAGUGGUGAUUGAAUUCAUUGGAGGGCUGAUUGAAGGGCUUGGAGAAGGUGUUGGACAGGUGCUGAUUCAAACAGCUGCUAGAGGAAAGGUGCUACAUUAAUAGAUCAGGAGCUACAACUGCAUAAAACGUUUGUUAAUUAAGCUAUAUAUUGUUUGUAUGUUUAACAGUAGAUAUGGGAGCUUGAGUUAUAGUUUGAAGAUAGGGAAGUGUUGCAGCAAUUGGAAUAUACAUACAUCUCUGAUUGAUUGUGUUAAGAAUUAUUUCAAUUAAAUGACAGUAAUGUUUUCUGUAAAUUACUUUGUAUAUCCAAUAUAAUUUAGCAUUGUUGCUUACUGUGUAGGAGUUUGAAUCGAUGUGGAAAUUUUUGUUUUUUUAAUUUGCGAAGGGAAAUACAAACAUGUUUUUUGAGCAAAA